AUGGCCUUCUUUAACCAUAUUCAUGCGAAAAGCUGUGUCCGAGCCCCUGGGAUUGUAUGGAUACUUGGGCAGACACACCUCGAAGCUUCUAAAGCAACUUGCUUUCUAAGAAAAACAGAAAUGGCUUCGUUCGCACCGUUGGCGGCUUCUCAGGAGUUCCAGCCAAAGAUGUCGCCCGGAGUUACCCUGCAUGCUUACUCCGCAAUGGUUCACUAUGCCAGCCAUAUGACCACCGAGGGCCCUUCCUCUGACCUGAAUCGCAAUAUAAACCACUGCAAGAACAUUUUGUGGCCCGAGGACGUCCAGUUUGAUCAGCAGAUGCAUGCCCAUGGUGGUUGCACUGCUGAACUCCCUACAUCUGAAGAUAUUUGGAACGAGCUGUGCGAGUCGUUCUUACACAUUGAUGUUGAUGUCCAACAUUACAACGCUGCUCUUGAUCUCUGCGGUGAGACAGUUAUCUGUGGCACGAAGGUCAAGUAUCACGAGCUCUACGCGUUCGAGUACAUUCAACACUGCGAUGGCAAGUAUACGCCGCUCAUCAUGUCCUAUAUCGGAAACCAACCUGUGUACACCGAUUUACCCAGCGACUACGAUAGGUACGUCACCGUUAGGCUUGCUGGUGGAGAUCCUUUCAUUGGCCUCAAUAACGCACUGCGUCCGUUUCUUUACGAUAAGAAUAACAGCCUCAACACUCUGGUCCUCUUCGGCAGCGCCGUGGCGUACACUGUGGAUCUCUUCAAGAAGACUUCAUUCACUCCGAGUCCUGAGCAAGUCAACAUCCUGACCGACGAAUUUGCUUAUAAUUGGACGCGCUUCGUCGAAAAUAUGUGGCAAGGUGUCUCUAAGAAUGCUCGCAAGCACAUUGCAACCAUCAAUGCCCGGGGUGUUACAGAGGCGCUAGUACACCGCGCCCGCGAGCUCCUACAGCACCACCCGUCUCAACAUCUUGCUUGGUAUCUCUACGCUUGGGUCUUUGAGCGCGCCGUGGCCGCUUUUGGUGGUGUCAUUCCGCACGGCCAAGUUCAGGCCAUUGAUGGCUCUGCGUGGGUGAAGGAUCUGAUUCGUUCUUGGGAGAAGGCUCACCCUGAUCUCAUCGACAACCCCAACCACGCUCAGUCAGACUACCAUAUACGGUCACUUGAUAGCUGCCAGCUUAAUCGUUCGCAACUGGAGGCGGCCAACCAACUCGACCGCCUCGAAGACGUCCCCUUCAAUCCAGUCGGUCCACCCCUAGACCCACUUCAAUACACCAACGCGAUCCAGGUAUCCGAACCGGAGGAGCUGUGCGCCAUCUGCCAGUGUGAAUUCGGAGAUGAGCCUACCGUCCAGCUCCGGGCCUGCGGCCACAUCAUGCACCGCGAUUGCGUUGGGGAGAUGAUCAAUCAAGUCACGGACAACUCUAACCUCUGCGCGCUCGAUCGUCGCGGUAUCUGCCCCUGUCGGCCCCGCGCGCCCGCGCCUUUAAUCCACUUUGCGCUCUUGCAAAAAUGUCUGGCACCGGUGGCUCUGGGAGCCUGA